UCAGCAAAAUUUAAGAGGAAGAGCCUACUUCUGAGCAGAAAUAACUACAUUCCCAGAGGUGAAAGAAGGUCUACAAGAUGGGAAAGCCCAAUCAAUCAACGGUGACAGAAUUUCUUCUGCUGGGAUUUUCUAGCGACCCCAAACUUGAACUCCUUCUCUUCUUGCUGGUUUUACUGAUGUACCUGGUAAUCCUUCUGGGCAAUGUGGUUCUCAUUAUAGCGACCAUCUUCGACUCCCACCUUCACACCCCUAUGUACUUUUUCCUCAGUAACCUCUCCUUUCUGGACAUCUGCUACACAACCUCUUCUGUCCCUCUAAUUCUCGACGGGUUCUUAACACCAAAAAAGACCAUUUCGUUUCCUGUCUGUGCAGUGCAAAUGUUUUUCUCUUUUGCAAUGGGAGCUACGGAGUGUAUCCUCUUGAGCAUGAUGGCAUUUGACCGCUAUAUAGCUAUCUGCCAUCCCCUGAGAUACUCUGUCAUCAUGAACAAGGCUGUGUAUGUGUCGAUGGCGGCAGGAUCCUGGAUAGCUGGCUACAUUGACUCCAUAGUGCAAACUUCUCUUGCCAUGAGUAUACCGUUUUGUGAGGUGACCACCAUCGAUCAUUUCGUUUGUGAAAUCCUGGCUAUCCUGAAGCUUGCCUGUGGUGACAUUUCGAUCAAUGUGAUAAGCAUGGUGAUUUCUAAUAUGAUUUAUAUAGCUGUUCCAGUGCUGUUCAUUUUUGUUUCCUAUGUGUUCAUUAUCUUCAACAUCUGGAAACUCCCUUCUGCUGAGGGGAAACACAAAGCCUUGUCCACCUGCUCAGCCCACCUGACUGUGGUGAUUAUAUUCUAUGGGACCAUCUUCUUCAUGUACAAGAAACCCAAGUCUCAAGACUCUCUUCGAAUAGACAAACAGGACGUGGUGGAUAAACUCAUUUCCUUGUUCUAUGGUGUGGUAUCUCCUAUGCUCAAUCCCUUAAUCUACAGUCUGAGAAACAAGGAAGUGAAAACAGCGCUGAAAUAUAUGAUGAGUAAAAAACUCUUCAAUGCAUGA